AUGAGUCUCUGUGGUCGGCAAAAGGUCGUUCGACGUAAGAUGGUGCUAUUAGGGGACGGCGCUUGCGGCAAGACCUCGGCCCUGAAUGUCUUCACCAGAGGAUACUUUCCUACGGUCUAUGAGCCUACUGUAUUCGAAAACUACGUGCAUGAUAUCUUCGUGGACAAUGUACACAUGGAAUUGUCGCUAUGGGAUACGGCCGGCCAGGAAGAAUUUGACCGACUGCGCGCGCUAUCAUACGAGGACACACACGUGAUUAUGCUUUGUUUCAGCGUUGACAGUCGCGAUUCGUUUGAGAACGUGGCGAGCAAAUGGAUUGAAGAGAUCUCGGAGAAUUGCGCCGGCGUCAAAUUGGUGCUCACUGCCCUCAAGUGUGAUCUGAGAAAGGAUGAGUUCCUCAACGACAACCCGAACGCGAUCACCUACGAAGAAGGACUGGCGAAAGCCAAGGAAAUUGGUGCAGUGAAAUACCUGGAGUGCUCCGCCGUGCAAAAUCGUGGUAUCAUGGAAACAUUCUACGAAGCUGCAAAGGUCGCCCUGGAAGUCAGAACUCAGGGCUCCAACGGAUCCGGCGAACGGUGUGUCAUUCUCUAG